AUGGCUGAUGCUAGUCGCGGUCGUGGUGGUCGUGUUGGCGGCGGCGUGCAACUUUCCAUGCUCGCCCUGCUUCUUCUGCUUUCCGUCGGCGCCGCCCGAGCGGCCGACGACGGCGAGGCACGGGCAGGGGAGAAGGUUGCGGCGGCAUGGACGGGCGGGCUGAGCCGGCGGAGCUUUCCCAAGGGGUUCGUGUUCGGGACGGCGGCGUCGGCCUACCAGGUAGAGGGCAUGGCGCACAAGGACGGCCGCGGGCCAAGCAUAUGGGACGCCUUCAUCAAGAUCCCGGGCGAGAUCGCGAACAACGCCACCGCGGACGUCACUGUUGACGAGUACCAUCGCUACAAGGAGGACGUGAAUAUCAUGAAAAAGAUGGGGUUUGAUGCUUACCGAUUUUCAAUCUCUUGGUCAAGAAUAUUCCCAAAUGGAACUGGAAAAGUGAAUUGGAAAGGAGUGGCAUACUAUAACAGGUUGAUAAACUACAUGUUGAAGAUAGGCAUUACACCUUAUGCAAAUCUGUAUCACUAUGACUUACCAGAGGCACUAGAGGUCCAAUAUGGAGGGCUGUUGAACAGAAAAGUGGUGAAAUCAUUUGCAGACUAUGCCGAUUUCUGCUUCAAGACAUUUGGCGACAGAGUAAAGAACUGGAUGACAUUUAACGAGCCAAGGGUAGUUGCUGCCCUAGGAUAUGACGAUGGUAAAUUCGCACCUGGAAGGUGCACAAAAUGCAAGGCUGGAAACUCCGCUACCGAGCCUUACAUCGUUGCUCAUCACCUCAUUCUUUCCCAUGCUGCUGCAGUUCAGAGAUACAGGCAAAAGUAUCAGAUUACACAAAAGGGAAGGAUUGGAAUUCUUCUGGACUUUGUCUGGUAUGAGGCUCUCACAAAUUCAACAGCUGACCAAGCUGCAGCUGAAAGAUCAAGAGACUUCCAUGUAGGAUGGUUUCUGCACCCAAUCAUCUACGGUGAAUAUCCCAAAUCGGUCCAAAAAAUCGUGAAGGAAAGGCUUCCAAAGUUCACAGCUGAUGAGGUCAACAUAGUCAAAGGCUCCAUCGACUAUGUUGGAGUCAACCAGUAUACUGCUUAUUAUGUUCGUGAUCAGCAGCCAAAUGCAACAACUCUGUUUAGCUACUCGUCUGAUUGGCAUGCUGAAUUUGUUUAUGAACGCAACGGUGUGCCAAUCGGACCAAGGGCAAAUUCAGAUUGGCUCUACAUCGUGCCUUGGGGACUGUACAAAGCUGUCACUUACGUCAAGGAGAAGUAUGGCAACCCCACAAUGUUUCUAUCUGAAAACGGCAUGGAUGACCCAGGCAAUGUCACCGUCGCCCAGGGCGUGCACGACGCGACGAGGGUUGCCUACUACCGGAGCUACAUCAGCAAGCUGAAGGAGGCGAUCGACGGCGGCGCCAACUGCGUGGGCUACUUCGCCUGGUCCCUGCUGGACAACUUCGAGUGGAAGCUGGGUUACACGUCCAGGUUCGGCCUGGUCUACGUCGAUUUCAAGACACUCAGACGGUACCCCAAGAGUUCAGCAUACUGGUUCAGGGAUGUCAUCACCGGCAAAAACUGA